GUGGUUGUAUUUUCAGGCGGCUGGUUCAAAAAAAAAAAGAUGCCUUCCCUCCCUGCAACAUUGUUAGCAUUCUUGAGCAUAUUAUCUCUAGUGUUUGGAGGUAAAGUGUUGGUGUUUCCUCUGGAUGGAAGUCACUGGGUGAACAUGAAGGUUCUGAUUGAGGAAUUACAUACAAGAGGACACAAUGUGACCGUGCUUAGAGCCUCAAACAGCUGGUAUAUCAAGGAGGAGUCUCCUUUCUACACCUCCAUCACUGUUUACAAUAGCGGUGGCAUUGAAAAGGAGCUGUUUGAGGAGUUUUCGAGAAAUAUUCUGGUCAUCAGGAGACAGAAACGGUCCUUUUGGACAAAACUCAAACUAGUUUCAGAAGUUGGAGCGGUAUUUGAAGAGAUGCAUCGCAAUCAGCUUAACUUAAUGGGGAAUAUAUUUAAAAAUAAAGACUUGAUGGAUUCACUUCAGACGGCAAAGUAUGAUUUACUUCUAACAGAUCCAGCUGUCGGUGGUGGAUUUUUCUUGGCUUACCGUCUUGGACUUCCUCUUGUGUUGAAUGUCCGCUGGACGAUGCAUGGAGAGGCACAUUUUGAAAUAGCUCCUUCACCUCUGUCGUAUAUUCCUGUCCCAGGAUUAGAGCUAACCGAUAAGAUGACGUUUGUUCAACGUGUGCAGAACAUAUUGGUAUACAUGUUUUCAAAAUUCCAGAAAGCAAGGACCGUCUCCAAACACUACCGAUCCUUCUGCGAAAAAUACUUUGGAUCAGAAAUCAAUUACAAAGCUAUCCUUCAGGAUGCAGACAUCUGGCUCAUGAGAAACGAUUUCACGUUUGAGUUUCCUCGACCCACAAUGCCAAAUAUUGUCUAUAUGGGAGGCUUCCAGUGCAAACCAUCCAAGCCGCUUCCAGAUGAUCUUGAAGAGUUUGUGAAGAGUUCUGGAGAUCAUGGACUCAUUGUUAUGUCCCUCGGGACUCUUUUUACCCAUCUUCCAGAAGAUAUUACAGAGGAAAUUGCUGCCGCUUUUGCUGGACUUCCCCAAAAAAUCAUUUGGAGACACACUGGACCUCGACCUGUCAAUAUUGGUGAUAAUACAUUACUUGUCGAUUGGUUACCUCAGAAUGACCUGCUUGGACAUGCUAAAACUAAAGUGUUUAUAACACAUGGAGGCACCAAUGGAAUCCAAGAAGCCAUUUAUCACGGAGUUCCCAUUUUGGGUCUCCCUUUAGUGUUCGAUCAACCUGACAACUUGUCUAGAAUGAAAGUUAGAGGCACAGCAAAACUUUUGGAUAUUGCGGAGUUAAACAGGACAAUGUUUCUGGAGGCGUUGAAGGAAGUGUUGUACAACCCAUCUUACAAGGAAAACAUUCAGAGACUGUCCAAGGUGCACCAUGACCAGCCAAUGAAACCUCUUGAUCGUGCCAUGUUCUGGAUUGAGUUUGUCAUGAGGAAUAAAGGAGCUUCUCAUUUACGGACACAGUCUUUCAGAAUGUCCUGGAUUGAGUACCACUCUAUAGAUGUUAUUUUGACUCUGCUGAUGAUAUUGGUGUUAUUUUGUGUCCUGAUUUACUCUAUUGUGAAAUACACAUGUCUUAAAGUAGUGUUUAAAAAGAAAGUAAAAACUCAGUGAUUGAAAAAUUGGUUCAAAUCUAAGGAAAUAAAAGAUUAGUUCACCCAAAAUAAUUAAGCUCUCUCAUCCUACAUUGACAGCAAUGGUCAUGAGACAUUAAAUGUUCAAAAGGAACCAAAAACAUUGUCAAAACAUUCUACUGUAUGCCUUCCCAGCAAU